GGUACAAAGGGGCAGCGUGGUGUGAGUCCCCAUGAGAAAACCACAACGGAGGGGAGGCCUGCCCGGGGCCCAAAGUGAUGCCGCGUACACGGGUACAGCAGGUAGGGGGGCAUCACAGCCACGCUCGCUCUCUCCCUACCGGCUGAAGGUUUCACCCACCAGAGAAACCCUAACGUACGCCCAGGCUCAGAAGAUUGUGGAAGUGGACCUGGAUGGAAGAUUGCAUCGGAUCAGCAUCUUUGACCCCUUGUUGGUGAUCACUGAGGAUGAGAUGACAGCUCAGGACAUUGCCGAGUGCAACAGCAACAAGGAGAACAGCGAGCAGUCAUCGGUGACCGCCGUCGUCAGCUCGCCGCGCCGAUCGACGGCCCACAGGGGGAAAAAGAAAGAUGUGAAGCAGUUGUCGUCAUCGUCAUCACAAAACCACUGCUCCAACUCUCACGGACAAACUCCGAUGCAUUCUAAUGUGAACAGCCACCACGGCACCUUACCCAAGCCUACUUUCAGAGAACAAGAGUCUUAUGAACCGGUUGAGGCAUCUCCUCGCCCUUCGGCAUACUACCGUUACAUUGAGAAGUCCAGUGAAGAGAUGGAAACGGAUGCGGAGUAUGACAUGGACGAGGAGGACUUGGCCUGGCUGGAGCUGGUGAACGAAAGACGAGCGUCGGAAGGCCAUCCGCAAGUGUGUCCCGACACUUUCGAACUCCUGAUAGAUCGUCUAGAAAAAGAGUCGUUCUUAGAGUCGCGAAGCCAUGCGCCCUCACAGAGCAUCAUCGAUGAAGACGCCUUCUGCUGCGUCUGCCUCGACGACGAAUGUCUCAACAGUAACGUUAUCCUGUUUUGUGACAUCUGCAACCUGGCUGUGCACCAGGAGUGUUACGGCGUUCCCUACAUCCCUGAGGGCCAGUGGCUCUGCCGCUGUUGCCUGCAGUCACCCUCUCGCCCUGUGGACUGCGUGCUUUGCCCGAAUCGGGGCGGAGCGUUUAAACAGACCAGCGACGGGCGAUGGGCACAUGUGGUCUGCGCUAUUUGGAUCCCAGAGGUAUGUUUCGCCAACACGGUUUUCCUUGAGCCCAUUGAGGGCGUGGACAACAUUCCACCAGCUAGGUGGAAGCUAACAUGCUACCUGUGCAAGCAGAAAGGUUGCGGGGCGUCCAUUCAGUGCCACAAGGCCAACUGCUACACAGCCUUCCAUGUAACCUGUGCGCAGAGAGCUGGACUCUUUAUGAAAAUAGAGCCGGUCAGAGAGACUACUGUGAAUGGGACUACGUUUUCGGUGAAAAAGACUGCGUUUUGUGAGGCGCAUUCACCGCCUGCGAAGGACGGGUCGGAUGAUGAGACCGGGGGGAGGGUUUUGGGGUGUCGGGCUAAUAGGGGUCGCAGUGCCUACACGCAGACGCCACAGCUUAAAAAGCAGAGACGAAGCAAUAAACUGGAUUCUAAGCAAAAGAAAGGAAAGAAAGAAGAGGUGUCGAAAAAAGUCGCAACACCAUUGGUCACUGUUCCAGAAAUACCUACUCACAGAUUGAACAAAAUGUCUAAAGAUGUGAUCAUACAGAAGAAGAAUCAGUUCAUGCAGAGACUUCACAACUAUUGGUUACUUAAGCGUCAGUCACGCAAUGGAGUGCCUCUCAUUCGUCGUUUACAUUCACAUCUGCAGGGCCAUAGGAGUGCAGAACAGGCGGAGCCAGAUGAAAAGCUGAAUGCUGUGAGAGAAGAGCUGAAAUACUGGAAGAAGCUUCGUCACGAUCUGGAGCGAGCGCGACUCCUGAUCGAGCUCAUCCGCAAGAGAGAGAAACUAAAGAGAGAGCAGGUCCCAGAUUAUCUGGAGUUUAUCACACACCCCAUGGACUUCUCCACCAUAAAAUCCAAAUUGGAGGCUCACAAAUAUCGCUCCAUCACUGACCUUGAGGCUGAUUUCAACCUCAUGAUCUCCAACUGCCUGCUUUAUAAUGCUAAAGACACUGUGUUUUACCAAGCUGCAAUACGCCUGAGGGACCUAGGAGGCGCUAUCCUGAGGCACUCUCAGAGACAAGCCCAAAACACAGGCUUCGACCUGGACACGGGCAUGCACCUGGCAGAAUCACCGCACAAAAACAACUACUACCGCUGCACUUUGGAAGAUGUCGACACGCUGCUAGACCCUGAUAAUCGAUUGCACAUGACAACGGAAAACCAGUUGAGGGAGCUGCUAGACAAAUUAGAUGUGGUGACGUCCAUGCGCUCGAGCGGUGCACGCACACGCCGUAUACGCCUGCUCCGGCGAGAAAUCAACAACAUCCGCUAUAAACAGCAAGCGCGCAACUCACACAUGCUCAAUGGAGACCUCAAAGAAGAAGAGGAGGAGGAUGAAGACAAAGAGAUGGAUGGUGAACAUAACCUGUUAUCAUCAUCGUCAGAUAAAGAUGACUGUAAGUCAACUCCCCCACCCAUGCUGGAACCCACAAGCCUGGCUUUGUCCCCUCCACCAGCAGACACCCACCAGGAACCACCGACCCUCCGACCCAUGACGUCCGACCCCAGGAUGUCCCCAUGCACACCUAAGCGCCUCAAACUCAACAGCGAGAGCCAAGAGGCCAAUUCAGACACUGCACCUGUGAACAGCUGCACGAAACCUGAGGACCGCCUGCCCGAGAAUAAACUGAUCAAUGGCCUCUCCUCCACAGAGUCACCGACCCGGCCUGCCACAGGAGGGGUUGGGCGGCGAACGUCCGUCCUCUUUAAAAAAGCAAAAAAUGGAGCAAAGCUCCAGCGUGAGCGAGACAAUCAGAUGCAGAACAGAAGCAGGGAGGAGGCCGUCAGCACUGGCCCAGACCCUGCACGCACACCUAACUGCACAGCCAACGUCAAGACUGAAACUUCAGCCCAGCCAAAACCUUCAACACCUUCGCCCAUAUCAACCCCGGCCAAACAGAGAGCAAGAAGCCGCAGCUGUAGUCCAGAGCACGAGAGAACGCCCCCUCGACUGAUUCUAGAGCCUGCUCUUACCAACGGAUUCAGAAAGCACAGAGAUGGCGGCUCUGACUCAGAAUGCAGCUCAUCUCCGAUUCUCAGAGAACUUGUCUCAACUCCAAAAAAGAGCCGAGGGAAACCUGCUUUGUCCAAAGUACCUUUCUUAGAAACUGUUAACGGAGACUUUGACUACACUGGGACUGAUGCUCUGUCAAAUGGGGAUGCGCCUGAACCUGAACCUCUGGAUUUGGUGUGGGCAAAAAGUAGAGGAUAUCCGUCCUACCCUGCUCUGAUCAUAGAUCCAGACAUGCCUCAGGAGGGUCUUCUGCAUAAUGGAGUUCCCAUCCCUGUGCCUCCGCUUGACGUGCUGCACCUUGGUGAGCAGAGACAGGAAGAAGCCGGCGAGAAACUCUUCCUGGUUCUCUUCUUCGACAACAAACGCACCUGGCAGUGGCUUUCACGAGACAAGGUGAUCCCUCUUGGCGUUGACGACACGGCCGAUAAACUGCGUAUGAUGGAGGGCAAGAAGACCAGCAUCCGGAAGUCUGUGCAGGUGGCCUACGACCGAGCUAUGAUCCACCUGAGCCGAGUUCGAGGAGAUAAUGGUUUCGUCGGCUCCAACUUCAUGUAGAAGACAAACGCCAACCGCAUCUGUCCUAACUUCCCACUCACAUGGGCUGAAAGCCAUUUGGUUAGUGCACCAGGUACUAGACUCCUGAUCAUUCAGUUCAGUUUAGUUUAUCCAUGUGUUCAGGUCACAGCCCUCUCAGUCAUUUCAGAUUCAGUCCAGUUUUUUCUUUCUCCGCGACAGGACAGGGGUCAUGAAAGGGCAGCGGUUUCUAUCAAUGAUUUGUUUUUAUGAGGUGUCACUUUAUGGUGAUGACGAGUCUAAACCACACAGUUUUAGCAUUUGGGUACAUUCGGAGCAAUUAAUUUCUGAAAAAUUAAUUUUAAAUGAAUGAACUUAAAGAAUAUAAACGUUUGAAUGAAUCACUGCCAUUUUCUUAAGAUAGCUUUUUACUUUUUAAAGUUUAACAAACCACUUGUAUAUUGUAAAGACACCUUGUGUAUAUAAGUAUGUUUUUUAUCAUAUAGUAUCUCAUUAAAUUUUUUCUUCUCUUGUUUAUUGUGAAAUAAAUUACCUGGAGGAACGAAGAAAUGAAGGUUGUGUAUAUACGUGUAAAAAGAUUUUCAGAUGAACUGACUUCCUAUAUAGUGUAUCCUGCUUGUCUUUGAUAUCAGAUGGUGUGAGUGUGUUCAUAUAUAUGUACAUUACCGACAUACGAUCGUGUAUGUAUGUGUAUAUGUACCAACUCACAGUUGUCUAUGGUUAAAUAUAUAUUCUCAUUUUUGAUACAAAAAAGUAAUUUAUUUAUGGACCGUAAAGAGAAAAAGGAAUUAAAUUAUAUUGGUUCAAGAUGGAAAUCAGAUCUCUUAUUUAAGAUGAUAAACUAUUGCAUAUUCUUUUGAGAUCUAACUUCACAUGUUCUUUCAGAUCCUGGUUUAGUUCUUUUUAAGAUUUCAAGGUGAAAUGCUAGAGAGAUGAUGACGACGACUACAUAUUGUACACUUGCUGUUGGUCCCUUUUCACCAUCAAGCACAGAACCUUGUAUUUAUUGUAGAACGUUGUGGAGCUUUUGUUCACUGUUUAUAUAAGAAAUUUUAAGCUUGUACAAACUGCAGAUUUUAGCUACCCACCAAAUAACCUGUCUCAAACAGUAUUUUCUCAUGUGGGAAAAUAAAUGUUCUAUUGAAA